CUCUUCUCCCCUGUUUAACAAACUUUCCUGCGAUUUUUCUCAUCUCUUUUCAAUGGAAUUUUCGGUCGUUGAUUCUGUUCUUCUGAAUUCUUCAACUGAAUUUCGCGAUCCUUUGCCGUCCAAUAUACACGAUAUCGACAUUCAUUCAACCGGUGAUAAUAACUUGGAAUUUGAUCAAUCGGUUGCUGUUGAAUGGAUUGGUUCUAGUGAAGAAGAUACUUGUUCAUGUGCUUCUAAAUUGUUAUUUCUUCUCAGCAGAGAUGCAUUGGAAACUGUUGAUCAGGCAACAGAGAAUAAAUCACUUGUUGGAUUUAGUGUCAAAUGUGAACAGGAUGCUUAUAAUCUUUACAACGAUCAUGCUUUUGAAAAUGGAUUUGGUAUUCGUAGAUACAAACAGAGGUUUAGGAGUGGAAAUGUAAGUUUGAGUAUGAAGUCUUAUUGUUGUUGGAAAGAAGGAAAGAAACUACAAAAGGGUACUGAAAACAAAUCUUAUACGAAGCUAGAUUAUCGUUCUGAUUGUAAAGCGAAGUUACAAUUUUCUAUUGGUGUUGAUGGUGACUGGACUGUUUCGAAGCAUAUUAUUCAUCACAAUCAUGCUUUUUGUGCCAUUGGUCAAAGACAUUUGCUGAAAUCACAUAGAGGUGUUGAUCGUGAAUAUCUUGAGUUUAUUAUGUUGAUGAAGGAGAGUGGGACAAAGGUUUCCGAUAUUCACAGAAUGCUUCAAAAGCAAUCUGGAGGUGUUAGUUCUCUUGGUUUCACCAAACGUGAUGCUUAUAAUGUUUUGGAAUCUGAAAGGAGUAAAAUGUUUGAUGG